AAGAGGGAAUUGUGCUGUUUUGAUGAUUUAUGUUUUAUGAUUCUGUAAAAAAUCAGAAAAUAACACCCAUACAUGAGUAUUUGACUAUAAAUUCGACUUAGGAAUUUCUAUCACCUAGACACACAUUAUAAUCAUCUUUCGAACUUCUUUUUCUGUCUAUCUUGUUCCAACCUCUGAAUCUGUUCGAUUGCCGAUCUCAAAGUCGAUUAAUUUAAGUACCCUAACAAUUUUCAGUUAAUGUCUUCGAGAAUCUGUCGGCGCCUCAGAUUAGCCAUCAAUGACUCACUUGACAACAGCCCGCUGCGAGCGCAGCUCUUUUUGGCACUUGCCUCAUACGGUGUUCUUGAAUUUGUUUCAUUCGAUGGUUCUAUUUCAGGUGGCCAUUUACUUUCUUCCGACUCUACAGGCGAAGGUUAUUCUAUCGGCAACAUUGUAGCUCAAUUUCAAAAGUUGUCUUGCGCCGAACUUUUUCAUGCCGAUGCGGGGCAAGUGGCUUGUCAAGCACAGCAGCGGUGGAGAGUGGCAUUCGAGCCGGCUGCGGUACCGCUCGUUUGUAGUAGCCUUUUUAUCAGUUCGACUAAUCCUUUAGUAGGUGACACUUUGUUAGAUUUGUCUUCCAUAGUACCAGCUCAUUCUGCUUCACCGACCGAAGCUAGCAGAGUGGCUCCAUGGUUGGAGGAAAAGCUUCUCAAGGUACCGGGAUCGACAGCUUUACUAGAUGGUUCUACGAUUUUGAAUCCUUCCAUGUUGUCAUCUACGAUUGUUGAGAGCGCGGCUGGAAACUCUCAGUCCCUGCUGCAGGACAUUACCACGGUUUACGCUUCAUGUAUUGGGCCGUACGUAGGCAUACUCCAUUUUGACAAUGCAUAUGAUGCGGACCACUACCUGAGGUCUCGCCAGCUGAGCUUGGCCAAGGAAGGCGUCUUCGUAAUGUACGCUGGGCCUUCCACUAAGAACUCGACAACAGGUCUUGCACAAGCGGUGUCGCAUCUCCUCACGCGUCAUGUUAUUUCUCCCUCUGGUUCAGUGCACCUCAUCCAUAAUGAACAAGUUGAUGGCCUCGUUCGUGGUUUUGUCGUUAAGAUGAAGCCGAAUGGGCGUUGCGUGGUCGACGCUGGCGUCACAACUGAGUCUUAUCAGGCUAUCAUGGUGAACACCCACUCGAACUUCCUGCGAGUUGCAGUUGGAGAAGAAGUUUAUAUCGAACUUCAGCCGUCAGCUGCCGAUGCUAUGGAUGCUAGUACAUCGGCAAGAACUUCGACUUUAGAAUCGAACCUUAGGGGCGUUCUAAAGAGGGUGGCUGAUGAUCACUCCAGCCUGCAGUCGCAGCUUACGGCGUCCUCGAAUGUAUCGUUUGGAUCUCGUCGGGCUCAGCUGCUGCCUACCACAGCGCGUCCGACCACAGCUUCUCUCAACAAGACCCCACAGCUGACUGUAGUUGCGGCCAAGGCUCUAGCCAGCAAGCUAUUCCAGUCAAUUCAACGCGCAAAAGCCGAUGGAACGUUAUCGCAAGGUGAGCAUAAAGAAGGCGAUGCCACAUAUUUUGCAUCCAACAGGUGCAAACUACCUGGUGUAUCACUUGUUCAGAAACCGAAUCGCUUGUGCAGCUACCCACGUGGACUGCACCUACUCUCUCAGGUUUAUGUGCAGGUGAACCAAAUCAAUGAUAAUGGGCUAAACUGCACGUUACUUUCCAUUGAGGCGCCUCAUGGUCGUAGUAUUACUUACACUGGAGGUCUGCUUUGCAAUGCCACCACGAGGCCAGGGUCUGGAGGAUGGCCGCCUGUUUUUAUCCCCUCUUCCCUCAUACCUGCAUCGGCGCCCGAUGCUGACCCCACUUAUGCUGUCUCUCAGGUGCCCACAGUCAUGAGAGAUUGGCGGAACUUUGCGGUUGUGGGUGAACGCUUGACGGUGGCUAUUCUAUAUACAACCUCUAUUGCCAACAGCCAUGCCACCCGACAACUUGUUGCUUCCAAGCUUGACAUGCAUCUUCGAUAUGCAGCCUCCAUGCCACGGCCCAACAUUUCCACGGAGGGCUUUGCCGAGUCAGACGUCACACAAGAGGUUGUUCAUGAGGACUUUGCGGAGGAAAGCAAAAAUAGAACCUUAGUUGCAUCUGAAAUGGGGGAUGAAGCCAUGGUGGCUGUAGGAUUGCGGUUUGAUGGUGUCCCAGUUCACACUAUCGAGGUGACCGAUAUGGGUGCCUUUCAUGGAGGGCCGUUUCCAUGUCAUCUUGUUUAUCCCUGCACCAGUAGCACAUCAUCUAUGUGGUCAUUACCUUUGGUGCUGAGUACUACCUCGUCUUCGUCUGUUGUCUUGGGAAGACAUGACCUUCGAACUGCAUCGAUGCGCUUCGUUGUGUCGGAAGUCCUGGACGAUGCUGCGUGUGGUCGUUAUGUUGUAGUGUUGAGUGCCGCGGACUAUGAGAAGAAGGUUGAAGCUGAAGUACAGGCUGAGGAGGAUCGCAGGACGAAGCAGUGGAACGAUGUGAAGAAGAGGCUAGCAUCGGUGCUUGGGGAAGAUGCUGUUCAGGAUCUGAAUCGCAACGAAGACGUCUUCACUAAAAAGACGCGUACUGAAUGA